CAACACAUGUUUGGUGUGAGAACCUUUAGUACGCGGUUCAAAAAAACCUUACAGUCUUUUGACAGACCUCAAGAUUGAUCUUCUAGUUGUAAAACCCUGAUUGAACAUUCCCAGUAGUUGCAAUAUUAAAAGUCAUAUUUGGGACUUCUAAAAUCGGUUUCGGUAUAUGGUUUUUCGUUUACGAACUAUUUAUUUGAUACUGCAAAGGUGUAGUGUUUAUUCAAGACCAUGUUUUUAAAUAAGUGAUGAUUUUAUUGCAAAAAGUGCUGUGAAGGGAUGAAUAUUUUUAGUUGAGAGAUCAUCCAAAAAUGAACUGAGACCAACAAAAUGGAUUCCCCGGUCUCCUCUCAAGACAACGACAUAGAAGUUAACGUUGUCUCCGGUGCGAGUAGCCCCGACAUCCCCUCGUCACCUUCUAGAAAAGAACAGAGCUUCUACGACCUUAAGAAGGACAAAGAAGAGAAGGCGACGGGCAGUGCUCCUUAUACCAGCUUCUCUAUUAGUUCUAUUCUGAAUAGGACCGAGCCUAGAAGGGAUUCGAAUGUUCUAGAAGCGGCGCUCGCAGCAAACCAUUUUGGAAAUGCGAAUGAUGCUAUGUUAUCAAGGUUAGGCCUCAUAUCGCAAUGGAGUGCGCUAGCCGGCCGGUACGGGGGUCUCGUGCCCGCGCCCUGGUACUGGCAGAGGCCUCACGAGAGGACUCCUCCCAGAGAGGACUCAACGACCAAUGAGGAAGGUUCAGCGGCUGGUUCUCCAAGACUACGCAGCCCCCCGCGACCGCCUUCCCCUCCAUCACCCUCCCGCUCCUCACCCCGCUCCCCUCGCCUCCACCCUGCUCUCUACCCCCAACAACAAGACCCUCAAGACUCCGACCCAGAUAUAGAUGAAUCCGACGAUUUCGAAAAAGACGAAAAGAGAGACCCAAACGCCAGCUUAGGAAAGAGAAAGAAGAAAACAAGAACAGUCUUCUCCCGUUCUCAAGUCUUCCAAUUAGAGUCAACCUUUGAUAUGAAGCGAUACCUAAGCAGUUCAGAAAGAGCAGGCUUAGCAGCAAGCCUACACCUGACAGAAACCCAAGUGAAGAUAUGGUUUCAGAAUCGACGUAACAAGUGGAAAAGGCAGCUUGCAGCAGAACUAGAAGCAGCAAAUAUGGCUCAUGCUGCUCAGAGAUUGGUCAGAGUACCAAUUUUGUAUCACGAGUCGAGACCUACGUCGAUGCCGCAUACUCCAUUGGCAAUACACCCUCAGUUUUCCAACGAAACUGGGGUGUAUUUUCCCCCUCAAGCGCCGCAGUCGCUGCAACCGCUUCCACCUUCUCCGGUAACGUCUAGAGCACCGCUGUCUAGUCUAGUGUAGUGUC